CGAGGCAUUUUCUAUGAUAAUAAAUAUGGCCGCUUGUUGCAGAACGGUGUAAUACUCUUAUCAAGUUUUUUGGUAAUCGCCUAUAGUUCUAAAGGGUAAAAGAUAAGAAGACAAGACGAUAACGAUGAAAGAAAUGAAAGUCCUAGCCUUCUUCUUCAUAUUUAUUCUAGGAGGAGUAGUAGAUGGUCAAGACACUGGUCUCAUCCUGGUUGACACACCUGAAAAUGUCUCUACUGAAGAUGUAGUAAAGGCAACAAUAGAAGAAAGCAGUGAAAGUUUUAUUGAUAAAAACGCAGAGCCAUUUAUUCCAACAAAAGAUUGGCAAGUUGUCAAGAAUGACCAAAGUGUCCCUGCUGGGCUGCAUAUUAGAAUGAACCUUCAAACAGGUCUUAAAGAAGCAAAACUGAUGGAUGGUGAUGAUGGGGCAAGGUUCUUGAAGCAAAAAGUUAAGCAAAAUGAAGGAAAUGACAAAGUACACCAAGAGAAACAUCAGGAUGGGCCAAAUAUUGUCAUGAGUGACGAGAUGAAGGAUGAAGCAGAGAGCUACCCUGAAUCAGAUAAGAUUUAUUUUACCAAACAGCAUCUAAAGGAUGCCUUGAAAGAUUUCAGAGACAAAUUUCAUGAUGAUGGAGUAAAGUCUGAUGGGCAAGAAAUUUCAAGGAGUGAAGCAGUGAAGCAAAAGUUCAGAUCAAUUGAGGAAAUCCGGAAAGAGUUAGAAGACCACAUGGGCUGGAAAGUAAAAUCUGAUGCACAAUUAAUGAAAAUAAGGGUGGAGAUUUUGAGAGCUGAAAACGCAACAAAGGAAGAGCAAUCACAUGCAUUAGAAGAUUUAGAAUAUUAUGUCCACCAAAUUGAUAAUGCCGUAGAUUUAGAGAAGAUGCAUGGGCUGCAAGUGGUUAUCCAAUUUCUCAAUAAUUCAGAUCUCCAAUUACAAGAAAAAGCAGCAAAAGUAAUUGGAGCAGCUGUUCAGAGCAACCCUAAAGCUCAACUAGCAGCUUUGGAACAUGGAGCAAUGCAGUUUCUUUUAAGGCAGAUUUCAUACUCGUCAACUGAACGCUUGCGAAAAACUGCCCUGUUCGCAUUGUCUGCCCUCAUAAGGACGAAUUCCAAGUCCCAGAUUGUCUUUCUAAAACUUGAUGGUUUGAAUAUCUUGCUAAAGUGUAUUGAAACUGACAAAUCAACAGCUUUAAAGAUUAAGGCAGUCACCCUUGUGUCAGAUCUGAUUGUUGAGCAAAGCGAUGUCAAAGUGUCGAUGGUCAAAAAUGGGAAGAUGACAGCAGAUGAAAGCACUCCUUUGAUGAAGGCUUUGAUCAAAAGAGGAUGGUGUGCAUUGCUUCCAGGGCAACUCAAUACCGAAGAUUAUGACAGCAUAGAAAAGGUUUUAGCUGCCAUUUCGGCAUCAGCAGAGGACUGUAAACUUAUAAGGUCUUCCUCAAGGGAUGUAGCUUGGUCUGCGGAAUCCAUCUUGCUACGUGCCUACUGUCCAUUGAACGAGUUGAAUAGGCGCUCAGCAAAAAUUGAUGGACUAGAGUGUGUACUGGUCGAUAUAUUUAAAAUUGUUUCUUUAAACUUCAGAUUCAAAACCAGAGUAGGAAUGAAUUCUUUAAUUGUGUUUUAUAGCAACCCUAAAGCUCAACUAGCAGCUUUGGAACAUGGAGCAAUGCAGUUUCUUUUAAGGCAGAUUUCAUACUCGUCAACUGAACGCUUGCGAAAAACUGCCCUGUUCGCAUUGUCUGCCCUCAUAAGGACGAAUUCCAAGUCCCAGAUUGUCUUUCUAAAACUUGAUGGUUUGAAUAUCUUGCUAAAGUGUAUUGAAACUGACAAAUCGACGGCUUUAAAGAUUAAGGCAGUCACCCUUGUGUCAGAUUUGAUUGUUGAGCAAAGCGAUGUCAAAGUGUCGAUGGUCAAAAAUGGAAAGAUGACAGCAGAUGAAAGCACUCCUUUGAUGAAGGCUUUGAUCAAAAGAGGAUGGUGUGCAUUGCUUCCAGGACAACUCAAUACCGAAGAUUAUGACAGCAUAGAAAAGGUUUUAGCUGCCAUUUCGGCAUCAGCAGAGGACUGUAAACUUAUCUUCAACAAGAACGACCUUAGAACAACAUUGCUUAAAGUUAGGGAAAAUUUGAAAAAUGAAAUAAACAAUGAAGAGGACAAAGAUUUCAAAAGUUAUUUACAAUCAUUGACUGAAUGUAUCGAUAAUAUAUUAAGUAAAUUAGGACAGCUUUUUACACUAUAGGUUUUUGUAUUUAUUCCCAUUUUGUAUAGUAAUAUCAAUUUGAAAGAUUUACUCUGAGCCAAAUGAACUAGUUUUGCAUCUACGUAUGGCAGAACAGCCUGCUGUCUAUCCACCUUCGUCUAUAGUAGUGCAUUUAAUGAUGUAAACUUUUGACGUUUUACUAAAACGCUUCCAAUUUCUCGCUUUUAAAACUUCACUGUCAAGUCUUAUUUAGACAUUGCUAUGUGGUUCUUGCUUGUGUCGGCGUUUGAUGUUAUGAGAUCACUGGUAUUGCUUGCUGUUUAACCUACCGACAAACUAAAGAUUUGUGGACCAACUGAAGAUUUGCCGACCAACUAACAAAGAAAAGGGGUUGUCACUCCCCCUACACCCCUGCUAGCUACACCCCUGUAUGAAAUGUUAAGUACAUGGACAGGAAUGUUGCCAGGAUUAAUAAAUUAUUGAUAAGCUGGGGAUCAUAGAUGUAGGAAGGAAUUCAUAGGGACACGUGUCGUCAAAAAGGGGCAACUCCAUGAGCUUCAAAUGUGUACUUUGUCUCUAUUUCUGAAAAUUGGGGGCAUGCGCCCCUUGUGCCCUCUGUGCCCUCUGGUUUCUACGUCUUUGCUGGGGAUAAGAAAGACCCAAAAACAUUGCGACUUCACCUUUCAGAGAACAAAGAAAUCUAUACAGCAUUCCAAGCUGUUUCCGACAGUAUAAAACAACAGUAAUGAUACCUAGGUCAGUUCCUUUUGAGUGAAAAAUUCUCUCAACUGACUUGGAAGUAAAGGAAAAUCGUGACGUCACUAAACUAGCUCAAAUAGCAGAUUUCUUGGAAUCGCGUCUGUCCAAUGAAGCUUGGUUUUUAUUUUAUUCGAGGCUUAGUUUUGUUUUUCAGCAAAUUACCUUUGACAACAGUAAGAUAUUUGUGUGGAUGAAGAAAAGGUCACUGUAGCAGGCUGCUCGACGGGCUCCAAGGAGUUCUUGCGGCGAAAAGUAGAUAAAAUGUGGCAAAUAAGAAACACCGCAAUACGCCGAGAAUAAACAACAAUAGAUACACGUA